ACUUUGACAUAUGACAACAAAUGACAAUUUGUUGAUCGGGGCGAAAAUUUUAAAUUUAAAAUCUUAUUUUGCAAAUUACUUUAAAAUUAACAAAUUAAAAAAAAUCGUGUACUAAACGCAAUCAAAAACUAAAAAAUGAUCUAGUGUUCUAUUAAGGUAGUGAUGUUGCGCAAUUUUAAUUUUGAUUUCAUGAGGACGAAUGAAGAGUUUAGAUAAAUAUGCCUUCUCAUGACGAGGAAGAUAAGCCUUGCAGAGCCUGCAAUGACUUUAAAACGUGGUCCAAGAAGCAAUCAAAAACUAAGAAAGAAAUACCUGCCCCGCAGACGAAUGCACCGUCCACAGAACAAGAAAAGAGAAAGGAGUGUCCUUUGGACAAAGAUGAGUUAGGCACAUCAACAUGGGGAUUCCUACAUUCAAUGGCGUCAUACUAUCCCGAGAAACCCUCAACAUCACAAGCAAAAGACAUGGAUAGUUUUUUCAAACUGUUUGGAGAAUUUUAUCCAUGUGAGCCAUGUGCUAUAGACUUUAGAGAAGACAUUAAGGCACAUCCACCAAAGACAAAAUCAAGAGAUGAGUUAGCAAAAUGGUUGUGUGAAAGACACAACACAGUUAACAAAAAGUUGGGCAAGCCUAUGUUUGAUUGUAGCAAAGUGCAUGAGAGAUGGCGUGAUGGCUGGCCGGAUGGAUCUUGUGACUAGCAUUUAUUACUUGAAAGUAGUCUGCUAUGAACAUAUGGGAUAAGGGUUCUUAGUCCAAUAUUACUUUAUAUAAUAUUUUUAUUGUACAGUUAUAUAUGCAAUUUUGUUUCUCAACUUAACAUAUGAUGCCAACCACUUUCAACUUACUUUUUGGAACUAAAUCCAAGUUUUAACAAUCAAGUAUAGCUGAAGUGGUUUUGUGGAUUUUGUUCAUCAACCACCAAACAUCAGUACUAUCUAAAAUCCAAGUGUGAAGUAACAAGCAGCAUAAUAU